UCCACCCCGACUGUGACUCAUUCUCUUCUCGGCACAGGCACCAGUAGAUAUUUACACGGAGAGAUACGCCCGUGGGCAUCGAGGACAUGGCUUUCUAGACCUGCACAGAUCUCGAAGCCAGCGAGCGUGUGUUGCGCACUGCAACAAAACCAGCGAAAUGGAGUCUCGUUUUGCCACCACCGCCAUCCCUGCCUGCAGGAGUCGAGCCCCUCCUUGCGUGCUGCAUCCCAAUCCUGCGUCUAACGUGAACGACCAUCACUACAAUGUCUCUGCUGGCGGCACUGACCCUGGACCUCGACCUGACCAUGCUCCCAGUUAGCACCAUGCCCGGCAGGCCGGAGCUGCUCAAGCACCGGCUGCCCCACGCCGGUCACUGUGAGCUGCUCACCGGACCUGUAGACGAGGGCUUUGUUCUCAGUAUGGAGCGCCCACUACUGACAGGUGAUGGCUACUCAGACUGGAUGACGGAGCGCACAGACCUGGCCACGCUCCUGAGUGUGUCAGGGGAGCCCUCGCUACUCUCACUGCCCUCCCCUCCUACUCCGGACCUGGAGGCCAUGGCCUCACUGCUCAAGAAGGAGUUGGAGCAGAUGGAGGACUAUUUCUUGGAAGAGUCGCUCUCUCCUGAUCAGGUAGCGCCCAGCACACCCCCUUCCGACGGGAACUUCCACUUUCCCUUUGGUGAUGGCUUCCAACCCUUGGAGCACCACGGCACACCCGCUCCCUUGCAGACCUUGGAUUCGAGCUGCUUAGAGUUGUUAGAGCUCUAUGGUAGAGAUGUGCCUGCUGAGAUUCCCCUGCAGGGCAAUGAAGUACCUGUCCCACUACAGCGCCCACCUACCCUACCACCAAAGGGGGACCGGCGCCAGAAGAAGAGAGACCAGAACAAAACAGCAGCCCUGCGGUACCGUCAGCGCAAACGGGCUGAACAUGAGGCACUAGGGGACGAGUGCCAGGCCCUAGAGGCACGCAACCGUGAGCUACGUGAGAAAGCAGACUCGAUCGAGAGAGAGAUCCAGUAUGUCAAAGACCUGCUUAUUGAGGUUUAUAAGGCACGGAGUCAGCGCCUGCGCACCACCCCCUAGAGAAAGGGAGCUGCACCCCAAUUCUCUUUUGAUUCCUUCUCCAAAA